AUGUCCCAACCCCUCGGGUUACCCCUAAAGUUCCUAAACCCAAAGACCACCGUGAAGGAAUUGGUGUCCAAGAUCAGCACUUGGUUUGACCUCAAGUCGAACUCCCGGGCUAUUCACGGUGACGUUCGGAAGCUGAGGAUAGCCUCGACUGGGGACUGGUUCAUCGAUAGCAAAGAGUACAAGGAAUGGAAAGCUACAAAAGGCGGUGUUCUCUGUGGGAUAGGAAUCCCUGCGGCAGGGAAGACUGUCCUUAUGACCCGCGUCAUAGACGACCUCCUCCCCCUCGAAAACGACAAGACCUGCGUUCUUUUCGUGUACAACCGCUACACCGAACCCCUCUCCCUAUGCGACAUCCUCAAAGGCUUCAUCCUCCAAGUCCUCGAGCGCCACCCCGCCCUCGCCAAACACGUCGAGCCACUCUACAAACGCCACAAACAGGAGAAAACGCAGCCGUCGCCCGAGGAGCUCACCCAACUCCUUGUUCAAUUCGGGAGGUUCUUCGAGCGCAUGUUUUACGCCGUGGAUGGUGUGGAUGAAGUCGACAAGGAAACCCGCUAUGAUCUGAUCCAGGUCCUCAAUGAGUUGCAGGGGAAUAUCGUCCUGGCGUCUCGUCAAUUGGAGGAACUGAAUUAUGAUCUAAAGGGUGCGGUUUAUCUGAGACUGGUUGCGCAAGAGAAAGAUAUUCGACUCCUCAUCGAGGAAAGACUCAAACGGUAUAAGGGGCUGGCACGUCUCUUAUAUCGACACAGCUACUACGAAAUUGCACUCAACGAGAUAAUCUCCAAAGCAGAGGGAAUGUUCCUCCACGCCGCUCUACAAGUGGACGCUCUACAGAGCUGCCUUACCAUCCCAAGCGUGAAACAGACGCUCGAGCAGCUUCCAAGAGGGAUGGAAAGGAUAUACAGAACUACCCUUGUCCGCAUCGAACACCAAGCGCCCGAGCUUGUCAAAGCAGCCAAGCACAUUCUCGUUUGGCUUAUCUGUGCACAAGGACCGCUCAGGAUCAAGGACUUACAAGCGGCGUUGGCUGUCAAUCCCAAGACGUUUAGCGUCGAGAGGGACUCGUAUCCCGAUACAGAAUCCAUCGUAUCGAUAUGUUGCGGCCUGGUCGAGCACCAUGCCCAAACUGGUGUAGUCCGCCUCGUUCACUUCACAGCCAAAGAAGCUCUGACUCCUAUCCUCCUCCAUGAUUGCCCACAGCCGCAUGAAUACAUCAGCAAAGUCCUCAUGCGCCGACUGCUUGAUGAGGGGCUGCCCAAUUCCUGGACUAUCACCUGCGAGGACGAGUUCUCCUAUGCCCUGACACGCCGCCCGCUCCUCGAGUACGCCUACAACUAUUGGGUAGACCACAUCAAGGCAUGCGAAUACCGCUCUGAUAUCUCUCGGUACACCCUCGAUUUCCUUCUCCAGUGCACUUCCUUUCCCGUCGUCGACGUGGUGGUGAUAGGAUCCGACAUACAGCCACUCGACCCACUCCAAGUAGCCGCUCGUUACAAUUUCUCAGACGAGCUCUCUGUUCUUAUUACUGAUAAGCGCGUCGUCGGGCACUACUACGGCGCACAACUUCGAUCGGGCUACACAGCGCUAAUGAUUGCCGCCCGCUACGGAUACCUAACCUGCGUCGACCACCUCCUCAAGGUCAAAGUUGAAUUAACCAGACCGAUCCCCGCAUCCAUCCAAUCCAACCCCGAUGAGCUAAACAAUUUCAACCAAUGGAUCCAAGCCAUGCCCGCCAACGUCCCAGAUCCCCUCGGGCGGACAGCACUCAUCUGGGCCUCGCGGAACCACCACGGCAGGAUCGUCGAACGGCUCCUCCAGCUCCCGGGCAUCGAGGUCGACGCCUCGGACUAUGGCGGGCGGACCGCGCUCACCUGGGCAGUAGAGGGCGGCCAAGGGGCGAUUGCCUGGCGCCUUCUCGAGGCCGGAGCCAACUUCAACGCUGUAGGCAAAGACGGUCGGGCACCCCUUGUCUGUGCAUCGGAAAACGGGCGCGAGGAUAUCGUCGUUUUGCUCCUUGGAAUCUCGGAUCUCGAUGUGAAUGCGACGGAUGGUGGGCGGACGGCGUUGAUUUGGGCCCUGAGGCGGGGUCAUCGCGAGAUUGCUAGGUGCCUUGUUCGACAUCCUGGGGUUGAUCUGAAGGUGCGGGAUGUGGAUGGUUCGACGGCGCUUGGGAUAGCUGUGCAUAUGGGUUUUGAGGAUGUUGUGCGGGAGAUGGUGGAACGUGGGGUGGAUAACGAUGCGACGUAUGUAGGGGAGGAACCUCGUAUUCGUAUCUAUCGGUGA